AGCUUAUUGUAGUUUAUCUUACCAACAACCCAAACGAAUAAAAACAACAAUCGAAUAAUAUGUUAAAUAGGAUGUGAAAGAAGAUCUGUAAAGCAUUGAAAUGAACUGAUUAUACAGCAAAUUAUUUUGAAAUAAAGAAUAAGAAAUAGAGAAAAUGUCAAAGAAGUUUGCAUCAAAGAAAAAAAGAGGGAAAGCUUUUGGUAAAUUUGGAAAUGUUGACCUGUCCAACACUAAUUCCGUUGAAAAUGUUCUGAGUUUUGGGAAAGCUUUGAAAUCUGUGAAGACCAUUGAAAAUGAUUAUACUGCAGCUAAUACAAGUAGUCAAGGAAGUCUUGUAAAGAAGAUAUCAUCUGUAACGUUAGAAAAGACACUUAAAACUUUGGAGAAAUCAGUUUUCCCAUGGAAGAGCUUAUCUACUAACUACAUAGCAUUUGUUGAGGAUUUAUAUAAUAAAUUGAAAGAUGUAAAGGAAAAUGAACCAGUCCGUUUAAACUGGACUGGUUUAGAACACUUGACUGAUGCUGUUUUUGGUUGCCUCCUUGAAAAGACUGAGUUACCAGGAUAUAAGUUUGUUAUUGGAAUAGUUCUGACUGGAUGUAAUCAGCUAACAGAUGUUGGAAUAAAAUGGAUGUCACAAUGUUUUCCUAAACUAAAGGAGGUUUCAUUAGCAGGAUGUAUAAAAGUGACAGAGACGGGUGUAUUCAAUCUGUUAGAAAACUGUUGGGACCUGAAAUCAGUAGAUCUAACUGCCACAGGAGUAAUGAUUCUACCUUGUCAAAUUGUUGGUAAAGAGGUUGAUACAGCUGGAUGUCCACUCGUCUCUCCUAGUGAAGGGUUCAUACAACAGUAUGGGGGUUUAGAUAAAAUGAAAGAACCAUCUUUCAAGAAACCAGACGAUAAGAAUGUAAUAAAAGUUUGUGUGAUUCGUCCUGAGAACUCUACAACUAGUAUAAUGCCAAUGUUUUCCAGUGAGACAAGUAAUUUAUCUGUGUCAUUUAAAGAUGGAUUUAAAUUUGAAAAAACAGACAUUACAGCUAAUAUCAUUGAAUUUGAAGAGGGUAUGAUCGAUAGAUUUGUGUCUAAGAGAUCAGUUGUCAUGGUAACUUAUGAACCUGAUGAGAAAAAAUCUGUGGAUGACAUUGUUUCUUGGUUGUUUUCUGUAUAUUGUCAAGUCUUGUCAAAGGUUUCAAGGGCAUGUGUGCUGUUUGUAGCAUUAAUGAAAGAUGACAAGACGAAGGUCGAUCAACAUUUGGCUGCAUUCCAAAUUAUGUUGAAAACAGCAAAAGAUAAACUUAUUCGACAGAAAAAGCAGUUAUUGGAACAAAAAACAACUGAGAAGUCACCUAUUACAAAGAUAGACCAGAGUAACUUCACAUACACAAAGGAAUUGAUAGAAAUGAUGGAGACACAGGAACCCAAUAUUACAUUUUUGACCUCUGUCAAAGGUCAAAAUAUUACAAAAGUCAUAGGAAGUCAAAACAGGACAGCUAGCAGUGGUAAAACUCAGAAGGAAAUGGAAGAACUUUUAGCAAAGGUUAUUCCAACUGUAGAGGCUGCUAGAUCUGGUUUAGAGGAUAUAUCUAAAGCAAGCAUUUCAGAGAUUAGAGCAUUUUAUAAUCCACCACAGCCUGUACUGGAUGUAUGUGCAUGCAUUUUGAUUCUGAAGGGUGAAAAGGACACCUCGUGGAGUGCUGCUAAGACAAUGAUGGGCAAUAGUUACUUCCUAAAAUCACUUCUAGAUUUUGAUGUAUCUACCAUUAAUCAACAGAAAUACAAUGCUGUUAAUGCAAUACUGACUGAUAAAUCUCGUAACUUGAUUGUGGAAAACCUGAAGAAAAUGUCAUCUGUAGGGGCAGUUUUUCUGAAGUUUGUAGAGGCCAUGAUGGAGUACUGGGUAGUGAUGAAAGAAAUGAAAACUCCUAAGAAAGGUUACCAUCAAUUAGCCAGAGAAAUCAAAAGAGAUAAGCUUAGCAACGGCUUAUUGGAAGAAAUACUUAGUGCUGCAGAAAGGACUUUUACACUGUAUCCAGAAUAUGAAGAAAUUUCCAGUCACAUGUACCAGUAUAUAUGCUCAGAUACUUCUAUGAAUAUGUUUAAAGGAGAUGGUAACUCUCCAAGUGGUAUUCUUUCACUAGAGGGAGCUGCACUCACUACAGCCAGAACUAUGGAAUGUUUACAUUUGUUUGGGAAGUUACUCUAUGUGUAUCAAGAUGACAGUCCAAUAGUAAUGGAUGUCAAAUGGAUGUGUAAACUGUUGUCAACGGCAACCAUGAACCAAGCCAACACAGGAAUGUUUCCUCAUGUUUCGGAGACAACUAAUGUGGUACUGAUAGAUGAUAUGGAAAAGAAAUCAACAGAACUCAAAAUAGGGGAGAAAAACUCUGUUGCCCUGUUAACCAAACUGGGACUAGGCAUGGCACACAGGAAUGCCUAUGUACCUUACAGAAACUUAGAAAAUGAACCGCCUGUAUCCAUGGACGAAUAUUUAGGCAAGGAUUCAAAAGUUCAAGAGAUUAGGUAUCAGUUUAACCUGGUUCACAGUCUGUGUACAGAUAUUAUGAACAAGAUAUUUUCGUGUACCUCCAAUAUCAGGAGACCGACCAUUUUAUGGAAGAAUGGCAUCAUUAUCUUAGAAAACCUCACUCAGAUUGCUAUUCAGCUGAAAAACUUGAAAGAAAGUCCCCAUAUAGAAGUUGUAGUGCAGACUUCCAAUAGUCAGGCUGGUGAUCUGAAAACCUUAUUACCAAAAAUCCUUCUACAUCCUGCUAAAAAGAUGAAAUUAAUUGUGGAGUAUGUCCUAACGAAUAGUGGAAUUCCUUUCAAGGUUGAAGUGAAAGAAAAGCUUAAAAACGUUCCAGAAGGUAUCUGUGGAUUCAUUGAUGGACAUAGAAUGUUUAUCCAUGACAGUGGUGCUGUGUUGUGCCAAAAGUGUGGAAUGUCCAGCAGACAGAAUGAGUUUAUGAUGGAAAUGAAGAAAAAGAUGUUGAUAUCUGACUCAGUUCAUCAAGUAGAUACACCUACAGGUGGUGAAAAAGAAAAGAUGAUAGGAGAAAGUAUUAUCGAUUCUGACAUUGUAUUUAAAGGUGUGGAAUCUGGACAAAAAUAUCCUUUCAUUGUUGUUCAGCCAAAUCUACAUCCUUUCCAUCAACCGGACAUCAGUUUUACUCCAGUGGACUUAAAUAAUGUAGAAGAUGUUCUAAUUGAACUCAGAACAUCGGUUCAGAAAGGUACAGUACUGUCAUACUCCUUCAAAACAGGCCAAGUUAAAAAUCCAGAAGAUUCAAAAGUGCAACAAGUUUACAAGAAAGACCCACUUGGAAAGACUGUUAACUUUGCAAUGUCACCAUGGCCAACCACAGAAAAAAGCAAUAUGUUUUGUAAACUGAAAUUGACAAUAAAUGGUGAAGCUCAGAUCGAAUUGAAGCUGCCGACAAAGUUGUAUAUACCAGUAUUAGUUUACCAUGGUGUUAAGUCAGCUGGCAUAAAGUCUGUUAUCAUGGUUCAUGGACAUACGCAAUCAACAGGCCAAAGUACAGAAGUAAAACCUGGGAUGAGAUUAGAAGCUUUGGAUAGAAAGACACCAAACUUUUAUUGUGUUGCUACUGUUCAAACCAUUAACACAGACGGCUCAUUCGUGAUACACUUUGAUGGUUGGACUAGCUCCUAUGACUAUGUAUGCCCUCCGGACUCUACGGAUAUACAUCCUAUAGGUUGGAUGGAUGCUAAUCAUCACAAGCUUACUGGCCUGACUGGCAAGACUAUUCAUCUACAGGAACCUUAUAAGUAUGGUAAACAAUUUGAUUGGCCAAUAUAUUGUGAAGAAGUUGGCAGUUUACCCGUUCCUUAUGAUUUUUUCAGCGAUGAGCAGAAAGAGGACUGUACAGCUGAUGAGACACUAAGAGUUUACGAUCAUCUGGGAUUAGCAAUGGUUGGUUCUAGCAAGGAUACAUCUAGUUGUUCUGUGGAAAAUAUACCUGGAUAUUUUAUAGAAAAUCAAAUGAUGCAGUUAAGAGACCAGUCAAGUGAUGAACUGAUUAGUUUCUAUAGCAACCAUCGCCAGUUUCUGUGUCUCUUACCAGAGAAAUUUGAAUUGAAAAAUCUGCGAUUUCCUUCAUUGACCUCAGUAAUGGAUAUAGAAAAACAAAAUGUCCACUUUAUAUGCCCAGGACAUAAAAUGGAGUUAUUACACAUGGUUGACCAUGCUGGACUGCCACUACAUCACUAUUUGAUAUCAUCAUCUGAAGUUGAUAUAAACCACUUGUAUGCUUAUCUAGAGAUGAUCUAUAUGGGACUUCUAUUACAACCUAGUAUCUUGCCAUCAGAACUGAUCAAUAUUUGUCCUGGUGUAGAUAUAUCAACAGAAGACAAGACAAGUAUUUCAACUAAAUUGGACCUGUUAGAGAUGGGUUUCAAGAGGAUAUUUUUCCAUUACUUCCUGUGGAUUAAUACAUACAAUCACUACCUAGUGGUUGGUAGUAACAAGAGGUCCAGGAAAAUAGAUAGGUCUACAACUCUGCCAGCAAAGAUACUCAAAGAUGAGAAAUCAGUGAAAAGUUUAAGUUCAAAGUUUCACAUAACUGGUACCUCAAAUGUUAUUAAAUGUGAAGGUCAUAGCCAAUCUAGCAUUUCUCAUGCAGAUCUCAAUGACUUUGAUUCCUCAGCUUUCAAAAGUUAUGCGAAGUUCAUGCACAAAUUUGAAUUCCAAGAUAACGGAAUUGAAGCCUUGCCUGAUAAUUUCUUCAAGAUGUUUAAAAAUUUGAACGAGCUGAAUCUAUCACAGAACAAACUUACAUCACUACCAGAAGGAUUUUCUUGCCUCACCGGGUUGGAGAGCUUAGAUGUUAGUAGCAACAACUUAUCUAAACUUCCAAACGAUUUAUCUUCUGUCAAAGAAACGUUGGAAAAUUUGAACAUAAGUUUUAAUCCAUUGGGUGGUAUUCCAGCAGAAGUCUACUCUUUGACCAACUUACAAGUUUUAGAGGCUAAUAACCUUGGUAAAAUCAAUUUGAGAGGAAUUGGAAAGUUAACGUCACUUGAGAAACUCUAUGCUGCAUCCAAUAUAGUGGAAGAAGUACCAGAAGAACUAUGUUCCCUGCCUCUCACUCACCUUGACCUUUCUGGAAUACCAUGGUUUCCAGAUUUCCUAGAGCAGAAAAUACAGCCAAAUAAGAGCACAUUCAUCACAGCCCUUAACAAUGUAACAGUGUUUAAGAUGAUGACGGAAGAGGAAAAGAAAGCUUUAUUUGUGGAGGUGGACAAAGAUGCCAAUGGGAUUCUUGAUAAAGAUGAGAUUACAUUGGUUAACAAGAUCAUCUUUGAGAUGUACCCUAGGUUUGGAAAGAAAGGACAAUACUAUCCUGAUCACAGGAAACAGGAGUACUCCCGAGAGUCAGAACCACAAGAAACUGCAGUACCCUCUGUGAUAUGGAAACUAAAAAAUCUUCAAAGUUUGAGCUUACGGUACCAUGCUUUUACUCUGGUUCCUGAUCAUGUGAAGGAGCUACUGCAAUUAGAAUCACUUGACAUAUCCCAUAAUCCAGAUAUAGAGAAGUUGUCUGGGGAACUAGGUGGACUUCCGCUACGAGAAUUACAUUUGAAUGGAUGUCCGUCACUGAGAACCCCACCAAAGGAGAUUGUCAGUCGUGGAUUCAGUGUUGUAUAUGGUUAUCUGAGGAGGCUCCAACAAGGCUCAGUAGAGUGUAAAAGAACAAAAUUAAUGGUGGUAGGACUGGGAGGUGCUGGGAAAACUAGUUUAAUACGAGCUCUAACCAACCCAGGCUAUUCCUCAUACCAUGAUUAUGGAGAAAAGAUUACUGAUGGUAUAGACAUAACAAAUUGGAAUGUCCCAGUCCCUGGAUCAAAAUCCAACAUCACUUAUAGUGUCUGGGACUUUGCUGGACAGACUGUAUAUUAUAACACACAUCAGUUCUUUCUAUCCAAUAGAGCCUGUUACCUUUUGCUAUGGAAUAUACGUCUUGGAUUUGAACAUGCUGGACUAGAUUUCUGGUUGAACUCUAUAGCUUGCCAUGCUCCUAAAGCUCCAAUCCUUGUUGUGGGAACACAUUGUGAUAAGGUGGAGAAAUCAAGGAUUCCACAGAAAGAGUUAAUGGCUACCUAUCCACAGAUUGCUGGGUUUUAUUUUGUCAGUUCUUACUCAGGAGAGGGUAUUUCCAAUUUACAUAAAUCUUUGGUGGAUGUUACACUGCAACAGAAGUAUAUGGGAGAAAGUAUUCCUGAAGCUUGGCUGUCUCUUGAAAAAUUAGUCAUGAAACAAAGAGAAAAGAAGUUAGACCUAAUUCCAUUGAGUGAUGUGAAGAAUAUGAGCAGUCAAGUUGGUAUUCUGGAUGAGGCAGAGCUGAUACAAGCAGUUCAGUUCUUACAUGACUUGGGAUCUUUGCAGUUCUUUAACACAGAGUUCCUUAGGUCACUGGUAGUAAUUGUUCCACAGUGGAUUGUAGAUGUGAUGGCAUGUGUUGUCACAGUACAUGUUGGACCCAUCCAGGAAGGCAAACUGUUACAUAAAGACAUGAAAGUUGUUUGGCAGAGCUACCCAAAGGAACUGCAUCCCUGGCUGCUUAGGUUAACAGAAGAAUUUGAUCUGACCUUCCCAUUGUCUGAUGAAGAGGCUAACCUGGUCCCUUGUCUCCUCCCUGAUGCUGUUGUAGAGGUUCCUUGGCCUGCCAUAGAAGAAGAUUCAGAUAUAAGAGAGACAAAGGCCAUAUAUAACUUCAAAUAUCUACCAGCUGGACUUUUUAAUAGAGCACAGGUAAGACUUCAUCAGUUUGCAGAGAGUGGACAAUUAUGGAAGAAGGGGAUGUUUCUGAAAAAGAACGAUCAUAUAGCUGUUAUCAGACAGAAAGGACAAACAAUUCUAGAAGUUAAAGCCCAGGGUUAUAGACCAGAGAACAUUCUGUUUCUAGUGGAUGAAGUCAUUUCCACACUGAUAGCAGAGUCUUAUUCAGGAGUUUACUAUGAUCUGAUGAUUCCCUGUAUAGAAUGUCAAAAUCUGGGUAUGGUUGAUCCCAGUAUGUUUCCAUCGUCAAAAGUACACAGAGCAGUGGAACUGAAUGCUCCAUUCUUACAGUGUGAUAAAAUGUUCCAUGUUCUCUCCAUACCAGAACUCAAAUCUCUAAUGCCACCAAACAAGACAACAGAGUUUGAUGAACAUUUACGUCGCAGUGUGUUUGAACUCAAAGAUUUAGGAGAAGAUGUUAACAUCAGUGUUAUAUUUUGUUAUUCUAAACGAAACAUUCCUGAUCUUGCCCAGGAAAACAAACUAGUACAUCCUGGUAACAUAAUGGAGGACCUUAGGAAAGAUGGUUUCAAUGUGACUAUAUGUGACAAUCCAGAAACUGCUGAUGUUGAAUCUCUGACCAUAGCAUUUAAAAGUUCUCAGGUGAUCCUGUUUGGAGUAUCAGAUGAGUUCUGUGCAGAUGAAACGUGUAAAAAAUUGUUGAUCUUUGCAAAAGAGACGCUGAAUAAACCCAUACUUCUAGUAGUUUUGGGGAGCAGUUUAAAGUUUUUGGAAACCAGUAUAGGGCUCAAUAUUGCUGAUGAGGUGUUUGUCAAAAUGACGGAUGUGGGUAGGUACGAACCAAAGAUUAAGGAACUUAAAGCAGCAUUAAAGAAAAAGAAGGGCAAAGGUGGAGCGGAUGAUAAUCCUCAGUGCUUUAUUAGUUACUGUUGGGCUAACUCAAAAGAUGCAAUUGCCAAGGGCACUGCAAAGCUAGAAGGCGCUCUAGGAUUUGGUGACCCAAGAGAACUAGCGACAAAAUUACAAGCACAGAAAAUACCUUGUUGGUUAGAUAUACAGAGAGUUGGUAAUGCUGGAUUGUUUGAUGACAUAGCCGAUGGACUGAGAAAGGCAAAGGUUAUGGUUGCAUGUGUAUCAGAUGAGUAUGCUAAUUCCAAAAAUUGUAAGAUGGAGUUCAGAUUUGCUGUUGCAAAGCUGAAGAUACCUACUAUAUUGGCAGUUGUUGGUACAGGGUAUAGCUGGGAAAGGUCAGAGAUUGGUAUGUUAGCAGUGGGGUCUAAAUGUCUCAAGAUAAAUUUACAAAUGGCAAAUGAAGCAGGAUAUUUACAACUUUUCCAAGAGAUACAAAAAUAUGUCAGCAUUGAAGAAGAAAAAUCAUCAGAAUCUGAUGUGGAAAGAAAGAAGCAUGCUUUUGGGGAAAUCUUAGAAUCUGCAGAAAGACAAUUCCUCCGUCAUUUGAUUAAAUUCAGAGAAAAGAGUUUCACAGCGGAUUAUCCUCGACUUGUGGUCAUAAAUCUGGUAGAUAAAGAGAAAAAACUAAAAGAAGAGGAAGAAAGAAAGAAAAAGGAAGAUGAAGAAAGAAAGAAAGGAGAAGAAGAGAAAAAGAAACAAGAAAAUGGAGAAAAUUCAAAGAACCAACAGGAAGAAGAAGAUGUUGAUGACAAUUCUAAAGAAGCAAGCAGAGAGGCCAACUAUUGCUUUUCACUAAUAUGUGAAAAUGAAGAGGGUUGGCAUGACGUUCCAGAGACUAUUCCUUUCCCAGAAUUCACAGAUGGAGAAGAGGAAGAGACCUAUCUGUCCAUGGCUGCACCUUAUGCUGCUAGGAUCAACUCUAUACUGAAAUACUCAGGGCAACAGAUGGCUGUCAUAGCAACUCCAGCAGGGAAGCAGCUCCAAGAAAAGCUACUAUCACAUGCCAGUGCAGUAACAAGUGAGGAUGAAGUAGAGAAGGCCUAUAACAACAUAAUAAAAGAUGUCACAGGUCUAGAUGUAGAACAUACUUACGGGGGUCUUAAAAAAACAAGUUUACUGAAUGGUAAAACACUUUGGUUGUGUGGCAAACACAGAGAGAAAGUUGGCAGUAUUACAGAACAGAGAUACAAAACUCAGCUUAAACCAACUCAGCUGGAGGAAGAAAAACCACAAAGGGAGAAAACUAUGGUUGAGGCUGUUAACAACACACCAACACAGGCAGCCGCUGGACAGAAUAAACAACCAGGAGCCUCUAGUAGUCAGAAAACACCGGAACAACUAAAGUCUCGUGUUUUCAAUGCCAGAAACAGUAAGUCACCUGGAACCAUAAAGAGACAGACUAGUCAGGCUUGUAAUAUGAUGUAGGCAAUUUUAUGCAUUGGUAAUCUUUUUAUUUUUUGGUGUAUGUAGUAAAAAUAUUUCAGAAUAGUUCUAUGUAAUUAUUAGGUUAGUCAUAAAUUAUUAAAAGAUUUGUUAUAUUUCACAAGGGUAGAUUAACACUACAUUAUUAACUCUCAGGUGAACCUAAUAUGUUAAAUGUUUUACAAUCAGCACAUUUAGUAUGGAUUUAGAUAUUUUUGUGGAUUGAUUUUGAUUGAUUAUAUGUAUGUUUAAAUCUUGUAUUUUUUGCCUUAUUGUUAUUUAGGAUAUAUUUAGUUGUAAAUACAAGUAAAUUGUAUGUGUAAAACAAUCAAUGUAAUCGUGCUGUAUCAGAUAUCUGUUAUGAUAUAUAUUAUAGUCACGGUUGCAAAGGCUAUUUCAAACCCCUAAUCUAUAUAACGUCAUAUCAUGACGUGAAAAACAUCUACUUGCAGUAUAUAAUAAAGUGUAAAUUUGUGGAUUUUUCAAUAUCACACACUGUAUCAACCUUCAACCAAAAUAAUCUCGAGAGCAGAGCUCUUGGCAUUAUAUUGUUGUCUCAAGUUGAUACAGAUGUGAUUUUGGAAAAGUCAAAUGAUUUUUAUAGCUGUCAUUCUCAAGGUGGUAGACAGGUAGUUAUUUAAAACACCAGAAUCACCCAUGCUACCGAUUUUAAGUUUUCAAAUCAAUCAUGGGAUCAUAGCAAUAGACAAAUAAAUUUCAAACAUAAUUUGCAUUGUUCAUUAUUUUGUUAUGUAUGUUCCUGCGCACAGAAUAUAUUUUGCUGUAAUUGGCACUCAAUAAAUUAUGCACUGCAAUAGCAGAUUAACAGGUACUAUACUAUAUGUAUUGCUUGAGUGAUCCAUACUGUCAGUUUUGUUGUUAGCGGAGGGAAUGGUCUAUGGGAAUUUGAGGUCAAGAAUUUAAAUCAAAAGUACAUGAUAAUUAUCACUUUUUUCAUAUUUGAAAUGAAACAAGGACAUAGAAUUAAUUGUGUAUGUUUUAUACAUUUUAUGACAUGUUGGCUGAUUAGAUGUAUAUUCAUUGCAACAAGCAAAGAGUACUUUGUGUUGUUCUGUGUGGUUUUACUUCAGGUGUGACUCAAGUUUGAAAUUUUGAUACAUGUUUUGGUUUCAAUCACAUAUGCACAUAUUUUUACAAUUUUGUAUUUUUGAGAUUUGUUUUUCCUUGAAUUGUUUGUUUGAUUGGCCACAGCGUUUUGUUGAAUGUUGCCUUAAUCCCAACUACCAGACAAUCAUUUUGAAGCUUCAUGCAUAAAUGACUAAUAAAGUAGGUUAUGUUUACACAUAAUGUUUAUACAUAACUGAAGUUUUUUGUGAUAAAGUUUGUUUUGUUUUGUUUUUGUAUUUUUUUCUUUUCUACAAGAAUUUAAAACUUUACUUUCCGUCGAUUAUAUACAAUUGUUGAUAGUCAUGUCUUUUAGUGGGAUAGUUUUUAUUCACCCUCAAAAUUAUGGCUAAUUUGUUUGUUGUUAUAAUAAAUUUAUGGAUACAAACAAUCAGUUGUGGUUUACAUUCAAAGCUGCGUAUUUUCAACCUGCUUCUCAUAACAACAUAUGAGAUGGGUUAUGUCUUUAUUUUUUAUUCACAAAGUAACACCUCACAGUGAUUUGUUUUUUUCUUCAUAUUCUAUAUUUAUGAUGUAUGUAUGUAUGUAUGUAUGUAUGUAUGUAUGUAUUUAUUUAUUUAUGUUUUCUACACAUAUUUCUAUACCUUAUUAAUAUGAUACAUUCCUCUUGUUAUUUAUGCAUAUUUGAUAUCAGAUAGUUGACAUUUUUGUAGAUUUCUGAAUUGUUUAAAUGUUUACACAUAAUGUUUAUACAUAACUGAAGUUUUUUGUGAUAAAGGUUGUUUUGUUUUGUUUUUGUAUUUUUUUCUUUUCUACAAGAAUUUAAAACUUUAUUUUCCGUCGAUUAUAUACAAUUGUUGAUAGUCAUCUCUUUUGGUGGGAUAGUUUUUAUUCACCCUCAAAAUUAUGGCUAAUUUGUUUGUUUUUAUAAUGAAUUUAUGGAUACAAACAAUCUGGUAUUAUUUGAUAAAUUUACUUAAAUAUUUGAAAUACAUUGAUUUAUAUACACAAAUCAAAAUUCUCUUCACUAUGAGUAGUAUAAUCAGUAAAAGCUUGUUUGAUAAUGAUGAAAACCCUUCUUUGCUUCUUUUAUUUUCUAUUUCCAUUUUGUCUAUUGGUCUAAAAAUACAGAUUUAAAAUUUAAACUUCUUCAGAAUAAUAAAAUAGAGAAUGGAAAUGGGGAAUGUGUCAAAGAGACAACAACCCGACCAAAGAGUAAAAAACAGCUGAAGGCCACAUUUUAAGUGAACUUCAUUUAUUGUUAGUAUUGCUGAUAUCAGUAUUUAGUUGAAUUCCCUGGAAACAUGGACAUACAAAACUGUUGGUUCCAGUACUGUUAGGUACACAUUCAUUAAUUAUUUUCAUUAUUAUGGUUUUUGCUGUGUGAAGUGUUUCCCUUAAAAAAAUGAAAAUCAUGAAAAUGUUUGGUUUGAUUUGACAAUUUCAAUUUACUUUUUUCCAAAAGUGCUUACAUUACUUAAAAUAAUGAGUAUUUUAUUUUUUAGAUAGAAGCUGAUUUUUGUUUACAAUUAAAGAAUUGCAUAACAUAAAAAUUCAUGAAAUAGAAGGAGAAGGUUCAUAAAGGCUCAAUUUUUAAUGUAAAAUUAGGUUCAGCAGUAAUUGGUGUCCUUUGGAAACAUAAACAUUUGAUAGGAAAAAAUAUUUGUUUAAUACAAAUUUGACAAUCGUUGACAAAUUCCAUCAGUAUUAAUGUCAUUGUGGCAUCAUAUGUGUCAACUUUGUUGAUAAAAUCUUUUUUUUUCGUAAUUUCUGUCAAAGUAGGAGGUGCCCAAAUGGCCUUUUUCGGCCUAUAAAAAAAUGAAGUAUUACAAAACAAUGUGAUUUUAGCUUAAAAAUAAUCAUUAAGUAUAUGUGCUAAGUUUUUGCAGUUUCAUUAUAUUUGACUUGAUAACCAAAAUUAGAAAACAGCAGAAAUAUUCCUAUUUACGGUUUUUAUGAAAAAUGAUUGUUGACCUAUCAACUAUAUAUAUGCUUUUUUCAUAAUCCAUCUUUAUUGUGUAUGUAUUUAUUUAUUUAUUUAUUAUUUUUAUAUUGUACACAUACAUGUUUUUACUUUUUUUCAAUCUAAUACAUUUCUCUUGUUAUUUAUACAUGUUUGAUAAUCAAUGGUUGACAUUUUUGUAGAUUUCUGAAUUUCUUUAAUGUUUACACAGAAUGUUUUUAAUACAUAACUGAUGUUUUUGUGAUAAAGGAUUUUUUCUUUAAAAAUAAUGAAAAGUUUACUUUCCGUCCAUUGUUUACAAUUGUUGAUAGUAAUGAUUUUUGUUAUGAGAGUUUUAUUUACCCUCAAAAUUAGAUAUGUUUCUGGUUAAAAUGAAUGUAAUGGAUACAAACAAUCUGAUAUCAUUUGAUUAAUUUACUUAUAUUAAUUAAUUUAUAUUAAAUUUAUAUUUGCAA